AUGUAUCUGUUGGACGAGUGGAGAAAUCACUCACACGGCAAUAACCGCAGCCGACGUUUAGAGCCAUUGGCCCAAUUAGGCGAGCCGGGCCGCUAUUUAGGUGCGCCCUCUUCUCGCCCGCGGCCACCACACGCUGCGCCCCCAGGCCCGGCAGCCCUCAUCCCAGCUGAGCGAACUCAACCCCGCGCAGGUGAGCCAGCCAGCUCUGCGGCCGCCGGGGUGACGACUGCCGCAAUCCGACACGCCGCCGCCCCCAGCCACGUGUCGCCCACGUUCCCCUCCGCCAUAGCCCGGGGCGAGGGCCCCAGUACUUUCCACAGCAUUGGAUCACUACCGGCCAACAACCACCGCUGCGGUGGCUCCCAACAGACCCUCCACAGUUGGGCAGUCUCUGCGGCGGCGCGGCCGGUCGCGACCAGACGGGGCGAGCGACCGAUGCCGCGGCAUAGUUCGGCCCGCGCUUUCGGCGCCCGGGGGUCCUCUCUCUCUCUCCAUAAACGACCGCUGGCGGCGCGUGAAAUACGGCCGCCGCCACGCAAAUCAUAUAUUAAGCGGGCCCGGCCGGGCAGCGCCGGCGAUAAAGUGACUUUAAGAGCGCGCGCCGGCCGGCGGCCGCCCGCGAGCCGCCGCGGGGCCCGCGUUAAGGCGCGCAGAUUUACGGCCGGCCACAAUGUUGAAGCGGGAGGUGGUGGGCGGGGGAGAGGGGCCAACAAAUCAGUGCGCGCGGGACGCGGGUUGCCCAAGAGCCCUCCGCGGGGGCCCGCGCGCCCGCGGAAGUUUGCGCGCUGCCCGCCGCUAAUUGAGGAAACAGCAGAUUACUCCAUCAGGACACGCGUGUCGCGGCCGGGCCUGUCCGCCCUGCCCUGCCCCUGCCCCGAGGGCCUGCGUGCACGAGUGAGUGGCGGAGAGUGCCUUCCGGCGUGGCCCUUACCUAGCCCUCGUCUCCCACUGCCGCCUCCUUCAGCUCGUUUAUUUACUGAGGAACUUUUACCGGCGGUCCCGCGCUUGGCUCUAUUCUUGUGCCCACCUGACUGA